AUGACGUCAUCCGGUUUGGUUGUUGCGACGUGGAAAGGAAGUAGACGCUGAAAUAUGAAAACAAGCUUGCUUUGGAUAAGUAACAUUGUGAACGCGACGUCAUUGAUCAAUGCAAUGACAUGAAGCUGCGAUUUAGUCCUCUUGUAUAAUCCGAUUUGUACAAUUACUAGAUCAAAGCAGAACAUGUUUUUCUGACAGCUAACUACGUUAGCUCGGUGUUCUGGCCUGUUUGACCAGCAAGCUCGUCAGCUAUCUUUGCUGGGCUGCUAAUAACGUUAGAUGCUAAAGCUAAUGUCAAUAAGCUAGCUAGACCCUCGGCAGUAACUGUCGCUAAUUUGGAAUAGUUCAGAGGUCGAGGGAGAGUUUAUCGGUUUUUAAAUGUAUAGCAAUAUGAGCUGGUUUAACACUUCGCACCUGUCUAGCUUUGCCAAACAAGCUUUGACAACAGCUCAGAAAUCCAUCGAUAGAGUUUUGGACAUCAAAGAAGAGGAUCAGUGGGGAGAUACCCUGGUACCGUCAUAUGGUGACUUGCCGAGCAAGACGCCCUUGAGUGAUGGCUGGGGGAACACUCAGUGGGAUUCUCCCCCACAAGAGAGUGCGCCGAUAUCUCCAUUGUCAACUGAGGCCAUUACUACACCUGUUACGAGGACUGUUAUAGAGGAGUCUGAGAAUUUCUUCAGUGCCUUUCUAUCCCCGGGAGAGCCGCAAAGUGUGACCGAUACUCAGGUGGUGUCUGUGCCCCCAGCCAAAUCCCACCUGCUACAGACGGAUGAAACGGACCAGGACAGUCCCGUGCCAGCCUCUGUCGAGCCAGGAAGGCUUGAGUUUGAGGAGGCAGAGAAGUGCGAACCGGUCCAGGUUGAGCCCGCCAUUGUCGACACCGAGCCCCUCCAAACAGAUUAUGAAAGUGUUUCACUGGUUAGUGUUCUGGAAGACUCCGAGCCCCAAGAGGCCAACGAGGGCACGGCGAAUCUAGACAGCCUGACUGCCGUUCCGGAGCCGACCAAAACAGACAAGUCGCUCCCUCCCCCGAGCCCCUCAGAGUUUGAGGACAGAACCGACGGGGCAGGGGCCGUGGUGACUUCAGCUCCUGGCAGCCCCUCGAAGCCCAAGCCCGCGGCCCCCAAGGACGUUUUGCUGGAGUCGAAAGACCCGAAAUCCGAGGACAGGCAGAGCAACACCCCUUCACCUCCAGCCAGCACCUUCUCGUCGGGCACCUCCACCACCAGUGACAUCGAGGUGCUGGACCACGAGAGCGUGCUGAGCGAGAGCUCGGCCAGCUCGAGGCAGGAGACGGCCGAGGCCAAGGCCAGCCUGCACCUGAUGCAGAGCUCCUUCCAGCUGCUCACGGCCUCAGCCUGCGCCGACUUCCAGCGCCUGGACGACUACCAGAAGCUGACGGAGAGCUGCGGGUCGUCGGACGCCUUCGAGCGCAUCGACUCCUUCAGCGUGCAGUCGCUGGACAGCCGCAGCGUCAGCGAGGUCAACUCGGACGACGAGCUCCCCGGGCGGGGGUGCACCUUGGCCUCCGUCACCGCUGGCCCGGCCACGACCGUAGCGCCCGCGCUGGGCCAGGAGGAGGAGGAGGAGGAGGAAGAGGAGGAGGAGGAGGAUAGGCUCACGGACACGGCGAAGGACCACUCGAUGGACGAUAACGAGAUGGAGGAGAGCGGCCGCAGUGCCACGCCGGUCAACUCCGAGCAGCCGGAGGAGCUGAUGGACACGGAGAGCCCCCUCGACGAGCCCGGACCAAUGGCUGCAGCCGGCGAGCACUCUCCUCCAAUCACAGACAGCCCAAGUGGAGUCUCUGCCUCUCAGGCGCUGGAGCAUCAAAAGGUUAUCGAUGAGCUGACUAGUCGGCUUGAAAAGAGGGAAUCGCAGCUACUGGCUGCCAGCAAGGAAAAGGCCAGGCUGGAAGAACAGUGUGACAAUCUCAACGACGAGAUCAUAGGCUUGAAGGAGGAGAGCUGCACGGUGCAGUCGCUGCAGGAAGAGUUCACCCAGCGCAUCGCCGAGGCCGAACGGAAGGCGCAGCUGGCCUGCAAGGAGAGAGACAUCACCAAAAAGGAGAUAAAGGGGUUGAGAGAGGAACUUUCUACCAGACUCAACUCUAAUGAGACCAUGGAGAUCAUCAGGGACAAAGAAGAGCAGAUAAGAGGCCUGCUGGAGGAAGGCGAGAAGCUGUCCAAGCAGCAGCUCCAGCACUCCAACAUCAUAAAGAAGCUGAGGCUGAAGGAGAAGGAGAGCGAGACGCUGCUGUCCAAGCAGAGCCGCAAGCUGCAGGAGCAGGACGACCAGCUCAAGCACCUGCAGCAGGUUCUGGAUGGAAAGGAGGACGUGGAGCGGCAGCACCGUGAAAACAUCAAGAAGCUGAACGGGGUGGUGGAGCGGCAGGAGAAGGAGAUGGCGAGGCUCCAGGGCGACAUGGAGGAGCUCCUGGAGAAGAACCGCAGUGUGCAGGCCGCCCUGGAUAACUCCUACCGGGAGCUGGCAGAACUGCACAAGGCUAACGCUACGAAGGUGAGCGAGGCACAGGAGCUGGCUCUCAGUCGGGAGAUUCAGGCCAAGGAGCAGGUCACCAUGGCCCUGGAGAAAGCCCAGGAGGAGGCCCGGCUCCAGCAGGGGGCGCUGGCCGAUCAGGUGGCAGACCUGAGGCUGGCUCUUCAGAGGGCAGAACAGCAGCAGGCUCGUAAAGAGGACUUCCUGCGUGAGGAGAUCAGCGAGCUGCAGCAGAGACUGCAGGGGGCGGAGACCCGCAACCAGGAGCUGAGUCAGAGCGUUACCUCGGCAACGCGGCCCCUACUCAGGCAGAUCGAGAACCUGCAGGCCAGCCUGGCCGGCCAGACGGCAUCCUGGGAGAAACUGGAGAAGAGCAUCUCGGACAGGCUCGUGGACGCGCAGGCUCAGCUCGCGGUUGCCGUGGAGAAGGAGCGCUCGGCAGCUGAGGAACUCCUGGCCGUCAAAGCCCAGCUGGCAUCCCUGGAGUCCCAGAAUUCCCUCUUACGGCAGGAGAAGGGCCGGCUCCAUGGUCAGCUGGACGCUGAGAAGACAAAGCGGGAAAAGCUGGAGGAUGAGAGCAGCAGAGAGCACGUGGAGCUGGAGAACUUGCGUGGAGAUCACAGUCGAUCUCUGGAGGAAGCUCGAAAGGAAAAGCUGCUUUUGACCAAUCAGCUGGAGAUGGAGAGAAUGAAGGUAGAACAAGAAAAGAAAAAAUACUACCUGGCACAGGAGGCACUGAGAGAAAAGGAGAGGAAGGCCCUGGUGCACUCUGUGUCGGAGCCCCCUACAUCCUCCACCCCCACUCUGUCCCGCUCCAGCUCCGUUGGCGGGGACAUGUCGGGCCUGCAGUCCUCUCUGCUGUCACAGCAGGAGGACAGUCUGGACCACAUUGGCAUGACCCUGUCCCUGAGCGGGAACAAUCUGUACGAGAUGGCUCGUCUGUCGGGAGGCUCCAGCGUCGUGGAGAACCUGCAGUCCCAGCUCAAGCUCCGAGAGGGGGAGAUCGUCCAGCUGCAGAUGGAGAUCUCCAAUCUGGAGAAGACGCGCUCUAUCAUGGCGGAGGAGCUGGUGAAGCUGACCAAUCAGAAUGAUGAGAUGGGGGAGAAAGUGGCAGAGAUCCCCACACUGCGAGUGCAGCUGAAGGAGCUGGAGCAGAGACACAACACCAUCCUACAGAUGUACGGGGAGAAGGCGGAGGAAGCAGAGGAGUUGAGACUGGACCUGGAGGACGUGAAAAACAUGUACAAAGCCCAGAUUGACGAACUUCUCAAAAACCAGAAAUGAAUUCAAGUAAUUCUGAGCAGCCUGCUUUCCUUCAGUGAAAGUGACAAUAAAGAACUCCCUGUUCCACGUGCUGUUAGAGGAUGGGUGGUAUUCUUAAUCUGGCUUUGACAGAGGGGCGUUCUUUCUUUACCAGUUUCAUUGCAUCCAUCCAAACAUCUGCUUUGCUUAUAAUUUCAAAAAGUUUUAUUUUUGUCCUAAAGGAGUUUUUACUGUUCAAUUGUGUAUUAAGGGGGAAGAAAAAUGUUACAGAAAAAAAAUCUCAGUUCAUCUUGGGAGUGAUCUAUGAAGGACAAAUAUUUUAGUUUCUGACCGUAGUCCUUUAGACGCCAUAUUUGUAGUUUGUCUAGGUUCAGUUGAAGGCACACUUAUUAUUUCAUACUGAUCAUUUGACAUGUUUAAUCGGGUUUGAGGGAUUGGUUUCACUGACUUGAAUUUUUUAAUUAUUAUUUUUUUUAAACCUGAGAUUUCUCACAUUGUAAUCUUACUUGGCUUAUUAUUGAAGACAUGGGACCAGGUAUGUCGUGUGUUUUAUGAAUCUUUCAUGGUUAGAGCAAGUUACCCAGAUGUGAGAGGCAAACAUUUUGUUGUCAACUUUUGCUUCCUAGAAGAACGAUUUUAAAUUCCAAGAUGACACUUUACUUCCAAAGUCUGUUUAUGUUGAUUUAUCCGUGAAUUCAGUAUACUCUUAGGAGAUUGUAAUUAUAUUUCUGGAAGUAAAAAUCAUAUCAAACAUGACGAACAUGUAAGAUGCGACAAAGUGUGUCUUUCGGCUGUUUGCGUGCAUUUAAUUACACUGAUGCCUAUUUUAUGUUGAUGUGAAAUUAAAUCGUGUAGCACACUGUAGCAAUUUCUUCUAAGAAGCAGAAUGAAAAGUAUAGCACGUGGGGUUUGACCUAGCGACCUAUUUACCUGUUGUAAAUUAAUGUAAAUACAAAUUUAUGAGAAUAAUGGGUUAAGGAAAAUAAAAUAUAUUACAUAUGCGA